AUGUGGACGAACAAAGACCCUACGAAUUUCAUACCAAGAGGGUUUCCAUUUUCCACACCUCAAUGGAAGAAAAACCGGACUUUUUCUUCGAAUUUGUAUUCUUCUCCGCCGUGUGACACCAGGCAACAGCUGAAGCCGGCGUCGGAAAGGAAAUGGAAGCCGCCACAGUCUGACAAUAAUGUUAAUUUCUCCAAUGCCACCCAAGAAGUCCCCGCCGGCGAUUCUCCCUACUUCAGAGCCAAACAUGUUCAGGUGGUAGACAAGAAUCCCAGCAAAGCGGUAUCUUUGUUUUGGGCUGCCAUAAAUUCCGGCGAUCGAGUUGACAGUGCUUUGAAAGACAUGACAACAACAAUGAAACAAUUAGAUAGAUCAAAUGAGGCAAUUGAAGCUAUCAAAUCUUUUCGUCAUUUGUGUCCACUCGAAGAACAAGAAUCUCUCGACAAUAUUAUGCUUGAUUUAUACAAGAGCUCAGGACGGGUAGAGGAGCAGAUACAAUUGCUUGAAUUAAGACUGAAGCAGAUUGAGGAUGCUUCAAUGCAGAAGAUGAACAGAACAAGAAUUGCUAGAUUUCAGGGUAAGAAAAUCCAAAUCACAAUGGGACAAGAGUAUUCAAGGUUAUUGGGCAACUUGGCCUGGAUUUACUUGCAACAAGAUAAGUAUAAAGUAGCAGAAGAGAUAUAUAGAAAAGCGCUUUCAAUGGAGCAAGAUAAGAACAAACAGUGUAAUCUGGCGAUUUGUUUAAUGUAUAUGAACCAGAUGACAGAAGCUAAGUUUCUGCUAAAUUCCGUUGAAGAUUCUACAAGAGGUGGAAGACAGAUGGAUGAAUCUUGCGCCAAAUCUUAUGAUCGUGCGAUUCAGGUGAUGCUUGAGUUAGAAUCUUGCAAGCGUCAUGAACACGAUGCACAUUUUUCUUCGUUUCUUAGUAGAAACAAAUCAACGGAUUCCAUGAAGGAGGAGGAGACACAUUAUCUUUCUCCAUCUCCGACUAGGGGCACACCUAUUGUGCCAUUUACACAACCUCGAGAAAAAGCAGGUUUCGAUGGAGGGUGUUUCCGGAAAUUACAAUUUGGGCAGAUUGCAGAAAACAACGAUCUUGAGAUGAAAUUCUAA